UCAAUCAGCAAUGAGAAUGAGAAUAAUUACUUAAAAAAACACGGAAUGGUAAAGCUCCAUCAAUGGAAAGGAAACGAAGCAUCUCAUCUCAUCUAUGUUGAGAUGAGCGUGCAAAAUUCUGAGCGACAUGCGGUCGCAAUGUUCCUGCGCGGAAAUCCAGACUCUGAAGAGAGCAUUUCUGGUAAUAAUUUCUCAAAAAUCAAGAUUCCAAAAUGUCCCUGCACUGGAUGAUGAAGAAACUGCGGGGUUGCACGAUGUUGUCCCCAACAAUGUGGUUUCAUUAGACGACGCCACUUACAAGCAAGAGUUGCCUCUUCCCGUGCGGCUGGAAUUGCUAAAAGGAAUUUCUUAUCAGAAUUUGGCUGGGAGAGGCAGGAGUUCGGGUUUGUCAUUGGAGAAACCCCUUGAAGAUGAGGUUGAAAUGCCUGACUUCAAAGAGGAUGACUUCCGUCGCGUUUCGGGAGAGGUGGUUGCCGAUUCAAGUGAUGAAGACAUUGAUGGGGUGCUCUUUAAAGUUUGCAUGGAAUAUUUAGUAAAAAAAAAUUUGGGUCUUGGGAGUGUACUGGGUAGCACUGUGCUCUCAACCAGACACUUCCACAAAUAUGGUUCACGAUUCAUCAGAAAUGAUCAAGUUAAAGAUACAAAUGGAAAUUCCGAAGCAAUGUUAUGUUUCAAAGAAAGUAGUUCAUGUUCAAUAUCCCAAGCUACAUGCUCAAAAGCAAAUACAUCUGGCAUCUGGAGCAAGGCUAAUCCAUCUGUCGCACAUACAAGUAUGCACAUUGGUCCUGCAGUCUCCAAUAUUGAUAGGUUGUCUGAAAUUAAGGAAGCAGUUGAUCCUGAGGCUUCUGAAAAUUUUGUUGAAGAUUAUCUUGAAGAUGACUUCAGAAUGGAAAUAAAGGCAGAUGCGCCUGCCAAAACAGAAGCUCUUGCACUUGAAUUUAAUCAACCUUCAAUUGCUGAUAUUUUUGACAACCUUCAAGAUAAGUAUGAUCCGUAUUUUCCACGAAAUGGUCAAAGAAGAGGAAAAGCAAUGCUGCGUCCUCAGAAGAAUAGUAGAUCCCAUUUUCAGGACAAAGUUGUUGAGAGGGAAGACUCCCCUGAGCCUUUGGAUAGUGGAUCAUCAAGUGACAAUGAGGUAGAUGAUCAACAAGUGAAAAUGAAUUCUCCCAGAAAGAAAAUGCAGACCAUGGCAGAUCGAUUUCAAGAAGCUUUAGGGUCUUCCUCUGUUAUCAACGAAGCGUCUCAUGUUGGAGCACUUAAUUCCUUGAGCACUGGAAUAUUUGGAAAACUACAGCAGGUGAUGCAGAAAGAAAAGGAAAGUGAUAUGGACUUCUGGAAAAAGUUACAAGCUGGAGCUAGGCCAGAUAGUGAACAUGGCUGUGUUGAUGUAAAAAUCAUUUCAAGAUACCUGGACGGAAAGCUGACUGUUUGCCAUUGCUCAUUUGGCAAGUACACAGAGAAUUUUCUGUUACAAGAUGAAGGAAUGGGGUCUGGCGGCAGCAAAAGCGGUCAAAGCACCAUUAUCUUUAGCCCAAGGGUCUGUGACCAUGUUGACCUUGAAGUUGGAAACUUCAUCCGUAUUCACCCUCCAUGGAAGGAAGUUCAAGUGGGAAAUGAUAACAUUAUCUUGUGCACUUAUUUCUCUGAAAUUUCAUACCCAGUUUGAUUCAUGUGGAACAGACUAUGAAAUGUAGCAUGUACAUUAUAGUUUCUUACACACUAGGAAAACCGUCAAACCUCCUUUUGUAGUGAGUAGAAUGUCAAUCAAAUAUGCUGAUGUUCACCUUCGUUAAGAAAAUCUAGGAGCUAGGAAUAGGACAGCUCUUCUUUCUUUACAUUCAUAAGUGAAGGCAAUUAGGUUAUGCAAUAGCUUUGCUUGAACCAUUAUGUUGUAUUUCUAAUAUAUAGAUGAGAGAAAACUGUAAAUUAGUAGCUUGAAAUUUGGGUUA